AAAAAAGUAAUACAAAUUUGAUGCAGAAGGUUGUUGAAUACAUUUUUGUUUUACUCUAUUUUCCAGAAGUUUUAACAGGAUUUAUCGAAUAUGGAGUUUUCUAUAACAACUGAAAAUUGUAGGAUUUGUCUGGAAAACAAACCGGAAAGCAAGCUACUCAGUGAUCAUUAUUCGGCGAAAGAUUUGCCUACCACAGCAAAACUGAAAUUGCAAUGUUACAUGGACGUUUACAAAUUUGUUGCCGAAAUACAUGCUGAACCAGCUUCGAAAUUAAUAACACCACCUUCGACGUCACUGUUUUUCCCUAAACGAAUUUGCAAUGAAUGUGUAGCUCAGCUAAAAGUGGCAUUCGUCUUUCGUCGUAAGCUCUUGAAGUCUGAGAAAGUUUUGAAAAAUCUCCUUCAUUUAUAUGGCCAACAGGAUUUGGAAGAAACUGUAGAACAGGAAAUUGAAGUCAAAGAAGAGGACACGAUUGAUUCCAAUGACGAGGUACAGGAGUACGAGUAUGUGGAUCAAGAACCAGAAGAAUAUUCGGCUGAAAGUGAAUAUGAAGAACUGGCUGACAGUUCACCCGUGGCUUGUGAUGUUCAAAUUAACCUGAAUCAAGUUGAUUUUAAUCGGCAACUGAAAAAAGAUAGCAUUACUCCUGAAAAAUCGAUGAGUAGAGGCUCAAAUAUUGAUGUGAACCCAGAAAAUAGCAGGGGUAAUAGCCCAUUGUUUACAGACAAACCCGUUACCAGUCAAUGUGAAGAUUGUGGAAAAAUGAUCUCGACAAGAUAUUUGGCAAAACACAGAGAGAAUCACCGAGUAGGAGGCAAGAAAGAUAAAAGUUUUGCAUGUGACUUGUGUGACCGUCGAUAUACCCUGAAAGAGAAUUUGAACAAACAUAAAAGAAUCCAUUCCAAUGAUAAAAGGUACACAUGUCCCUACUGUGACGAGAAAUUUAUGCACUGGGCAUCUCGUAAAUACCAUAUCAUCUGUCGACAUACGGGUGAAAAACCGUAUGUCUGUGAAAUAUGUGGUAAAGGUUUCCGCCAUUCAUCUCAGUACUACACUCAUGUUCGACGACAUACCGGAUUGGCUCCUUAUGCAUGCGAACUGUGUGAUAGAAAGUUUAUCACCCUGCAAUGCAAGAAAAUGCAUAUGCUGACACACACGGAUGCCAAGAAUUUCCACUGCGAUGUGUGUGGAAAAUCCUACAAGUCAAAAAAGUCACUGCGAGUUCAUAUAAGAACAUUACACGAUCAAGAAAAGAACUACAUUUGUCCUAUAUGCAAUCGAGCGUUCUCUCAGAAUCAUGUAUUGAGGACCCACCUGUUGAAAACCCAUCCUGAAUAUGAACCACCACCGCCGGGGACUAUCGUCAGCAUUCGGGCAAUUGAGCGAAUGAAGGAGCAAAGCACAAUAACUGCCAAUAUUUCAAACAACGUCUCACUAUGUUAAAUUUAUGUUGCAGUGUAUGUGAAGGAA